AUGAUUAUGGACACUGGUUCCGCAAACUUGUGGGUUUUAGAUUCUGGCUGUGAAACUGUUAACAAAAUUCUAAGAUGCCCACGAUAUUGUCAAAAUGGUGGGUUUUUAGUAAUAUUAAGGUUAAAAAAUCCUUAUUUUUAAGUAUUAUAGAAUAAUACGACAAGCAAAAUUUAUUUGUUAGGGAAAUCUAAAAAGAAAAGUUUUUGAAUAUUUUUAUAUCCACUAUAAGUUAAAAUUUUUUUAGAUAUUUUCUGUCUUUCUUUCUGUCAACCUGUAUGUUGCAACGCUGUAACCAUUGAUGACUACUGUUACGGGCGACCACGUUUUUGCAGCAAUCAAAGUACGACGUACAAAACGACAAGUCGAACAUUUCAAAUUGUUUAUGGCACAGGUAGUGCUGCAGGGAUAGUUGGGAAAGAACUAGUUCAAGUUGGCUCAUUGACAAUUGAGAACGCAGAUCUGGGACAAGCUAGCCAAAUCGACGAGUUUUUCGCCAGCGGCAUUGUUGAUGGAAUCUUCGGUAUGGGACAAAUUGGUCUUGCAAAAAGUGGAACAAUACCUCCACUGUAUUCAGCAGUGUCCCAGGGCCUAAUGUUACCGUAUUUUACUUUUUGGCUUGAUAGUAAUGGCUUACAUUCUAAUUUUGGCAAAGGUGGUGAAAUUACAUAUGGAGAUGUUGACAUAGAUCAUUGUGGACCGGUUUAUUGGAUACCAUUAAGUUCGAAUACUUACUGGCAGUUUCGAGUGGAACACUUAAAAAUUGGAAAUCAGUAUGUGGGAUUCGGAGAAGUAAGGGUUUCCAAAUUUAUUUUUAAACUAAUAAAAGUUAAACUUCAAUCAAUUCUUAUAAAAGUACAAAUAAAAAUGUUUCUUUAGGGUAUCUCUGACACGGGGACGUCGUUUCUAGGCUUACCUCCAUUAGCAAUUAAUGUAAUAAAAACGCUGACCAACUUCCGUCAAUCUCAGGUGUAUGGUUACAUUGUUGACUGUAAUACAACUAUUUCUUUAGUAUUCUCUAUUAACGGAAAGCAGUUUACGGUUGCUCAAGAACAACUAGUACUAGAAGCCUAUCAUUAUGGAGGCCAAAAAUUGUGCGUUUUGGCAAUAUUCUCUACAGAAGACGCGCCUAUGAUGCCUAAAUACUUGCUUGGGGAUCCGUUUAUACGGAGUUAUUGUCAAGUUUACGAUAUGGAAAACCGUAGGAUAGGCUUUGCAAAGUCGUUGUAA